AACAUUUUUUAAAUUAUUACUUGACUAGAACACGGAAAUAGGAUUGGAGAAGACUUUGUUUUGAUUUUACAUUCCUUGUGUGAAGUAAAGAAAGACAUACUGACUGAACUAAAUAGGCUACCCAACUCCCUUUUGACUGAAAAUGUCUAAACUACAGUUGUUGUGUGUGUUUUUAAAUGAGCGUUUAUCGGCGGCUGCUGUGGAGAUUUUCGGUGCAGUUGAGAAAACGGUAGUGGAGUACCAGGAGGAGAAUGAUCGGCUACGGAGACUGCUGGGGAUCACACCAGAGAUACCACUAUGUAGAAGAGACUCCUUGCAGCUCUCUGUCUCUGAAGAGGAGGUUCCCCCUGAGCAGCAGCACUGUGAGGAGGAGUGGAGCCCCAGUCUGGAGCAGGAGGACCCAGAGACCACACAGAUUAAAGAGGAACAGGAGGAAGUCAGGACCAGUCAGGAGGAUGAGCAGCUUCAAGGGGUGGAGCCUAAUAUCAUAGAGUUCCAAUUUACUCCUUCCUGUGUGAAACGUGAUUGUGAUCAGGAGGACCCACUUCAGUCCUUGACUCUUCCUCAAACCAAGAAUGAGGAAAACAGAGAGAGUGACUCUAAACCAGUGGAUCUCAAACCUUUUGGCACUGUGAUCCACAUUAAGGGUCUCUACAUUCCCUGUAACCCUCCAGAUAAUCAAAACAAUGCCUCCAGUCACAGCUCAGCCGUAAUCAGCAACCCAGAAGGACUUGACAGCAGGUCACCAUUGGGUCCCAGUCCACCAUUGGGUCCCAGUCCACCAUUGGGUCCCAUUCCACCAUUGGGUCCCAGUCCACCAUUGGGUCCCAGUCCACCAUUGGGUCCCAGUCCACCAUUGAAUCCCAGUCCACCAUUAGAUCCCAGCCCACCAUUAGAUCCCAGCCCACCAUUGGAUCCCAGCCCACCAUUGGAUCCCAGCCCACCAUUGGAUCCCAGCCCACCAUUAGAUCCCAGCCCACCAUUGGGUCCCAGCCCACCAUUGGGUCCCAGCCCACCAUUGGGUCCCAGCCCACCAUUGGGUCCCAGCCCACCAUUGGGUCCCAGCCCACCAUUGGGUCCCAGCCCACCAUUGGGUCCCAGCCCACCAUUGGGUCCCAGCCCACCAUUGGGUCCUAGCCCACCAUUGGGUCCCAGUCCACCAUUGGAUCUCAACUCACCAUUGGAAGAACACUGUUCCAAACCCAGCACCACGUCUAGAAAAACUCGCCACUGCCGUGACUGUGGUGCAACGUUUCCUCUGAAAGCUGACCUGCAGAGACACGUGACUCUCACCAGGAAGACACCCAGUGAAUGCCGCUUCUGCCAAAAACGCUACAACUCCACCUGUAAACUGAAGGCCCAUGUCCGACUCUGCCACGUAGAGAAACUCUGCACCUGUUCCAUUUGUAGCAAGUUCUUUAAACUCAAAAAAGAUCUUUCCAGGCACAUGAGGACUCACGCAGGAGAGAAAUGUUUUAGCUGUGGUGAUUGUGGGAAAGGCUUCAGUCUCAAGAAGACUCUAACCAGACAUAAACUGAUUCACACAGGAGAGAAACGAUUUAGCUGUGGCGACUGCGGGAAAAGCUUCAGUCAGAAGGGGAACCUAACUGAACAUAUACGGAUUCACACUGGAGAGAAACCUUUUAGCUGUGGCGACUGUGGGAAAAGCUUCAGUCGCAAGCACACUCUAAACGAACAUAUACGGACUCACACAGGAGAGAAACCAUUUAGUUGUCGCGACUGUGGGAAGAGAUUCAGACACAAGAAGACCCUAAACAAUCAUAUACUGACUCACACAGGAGCGAAACCAUUUAGUUGUCGCGACUGUGGGAAAAGUUUCAGUGUGAAGAGCAAUCUGUUUAUGCAUGUUAAAAACAUCCACAAAGCAAGAAAACUAUUGGGGCAUUCACAUCCGAAGUGGAAAACUUCCCAAUAAGGAAGCUGCAAUUCAAAUGCUUUAUUAUCUAAAUGUUGACUGUGUGUGUGGGGCAAUGGAGAGAAACAAAAUGGUGCAGUUUGAGGCCAUGUGACGGAGAGUGAUGCGGGCCCUGGAGAUGGGAGUGUGCGCAGGUGGGUCUGGGCAGGGGAGAUGUUGUGGAUGUCUGUGCGAUGUUGUCGUUUGAAUGUUUUGUGUGUGUAAGAAAAAAAAACAAGGAAGGAAGGAAGGAAGGAAGGAAGUCGCAAGUGUGACAUGAUUGUGUUCAAACAAAAGCUUUUGGAAGUCGGAACAAUUCUUCGACCAUUAAGAUUUUAGCAAGUUAGAUAAGCUAGCCAAUGUUGCUAACAAUACAUUUAGCAAGCUUGCUUGAAGGUGCAGUCUGGGAUCUUAAAGGGAUACUUUGGGCUUUUAUGAUUUAGGCCUUUUAGGGUUUUAUUUUACAAAUUGUAUGUCUCUGCAUCCAGUAUGAAGGAAGUUGGAGGUAGUUUUGUGAGCCAAUGCUAAAUAGUGUUAGCACAAUAACUGGAAGUAUAUAGUAUCUACUAGCAUGCUAGCAGUUGCCAUAAACUACCAGUCAUUGCGGUAACACGAGUUAGCAACUUCCUGUAAACUGCAUGCCUAGACAUAAAAAUGGCAUCUAUGAGUUCAUCUGAUUCAGGGGAAGUAGAUAAAGGGCUUCAUUGCCAAAAUCCUUAAGUAUCCCUUUAAGCAUUUACAUGUUUAAAAAAAAAAUCAUAUUGUACAAAUUAUUUGUAAAAAUUCUCAAAUUCUCCCAACUCCAACAAAGCCAACAGCACAUGAAGGCCCAAUUUUGUUCUCGGGAAUGGAUAAGAAUUGGGCUGCCCGUGUAAAUAAACACUGUUGGUGUGUUCAGGUUAUUAUAUGUAACUCAGUUGGUAGAGCAUGGUGCUUGCAACGCCAGGGUUGUGGGUUCGAAACCGACGGGGGACCAGAAGGAGACAUUCUGCAUAAGAGCAUCUGCUAAAUGACUCAAAUGUAAACAGGACUUCCUGGUUGUUUGUUUUGUAAAGUCUCUCAGGUGAUGAGGAUGGUAAGAUUGGUGUUAUUGAUACAUUAAAAAAUGUUUAUACUUUUAAC